AGAGGUUUUAGGAUUGCGCAAUAUUAAACCGUUUUAUUGUUAAAUCCGAAUCAAAUUCUAUUGGUGAAAAUAUUUUUCAUCUCCUACUGGAAAGCAAUAUUAUGCAAACAAUUUAAAACGUAGGCGCCAUCUGGAAUUAAGUUGAUCGAAAGUUGUUUGUUAUGAAACGUACUUUUGAGCUGUGAGGUUAAAAACAAGAGGUCACAAGAACUGUUUUAUUUCAACAUUAAAAGUGAAAAGCAAGACAGUUCUUAUUCCAGAAAGAGAGAGGGAGAGAGAAAGAUAGUAGGAAGGACAUAAAUAUAGAUAGAAGAAUGAGAAAACAAGAAAGGCAGCGAAACUGAAGAACGGACGAACGAGUAAACGAAUGAGCGAGCGAGACACACAUACACAAAAGCGAGAGAGAGUGGAAAGGAGAUAGAAGAAAAUAAGAAGAAUACAUUAAUUUUAUUUGUGCAACAAAAUCGUACUUUCAUUUCAUUUGAUAAAAAAUUAUUUAUUUUCUACUACAAAACAAAAAGCGGAUUAUCUUCUCAACUACUGAAAUUUUUUAAUAAACAAUGAUUCUUCUACUUAUCCUUUUCACAACAAAUUUUUUCAGUUCGGCACUUUCUAAGAAUAAUACCUCUAGCCGAGAAGAAAUCGUCCAGAACACUACUCAACUAUUAAACAAACUCUUACGGGGAUAUGAUAAAAGAUUGAGACCUGGAUUUGGAGGUGAUUAACAAACCUUUUAAAUUAAAUUUAACCUUUAAUAGUUUAAAUUGAAGCAUUUAGAAAUAUUUAUCUUUUCUCUAAAGUUCCUUUAAAUUAAAAUUGAUCCUUAUGGUUUAUCCUUUCUUUUCAUAUUUUUUUGAUUAAUUACUAGAAUUAUCAUUAUGAUUAACUAAAAAUCCUCAUUUCUUUACUCUCCUUUUUCUUAUGCCCAAAUCUUAAGAAUACUCAAGUGCAUUUUGAGAAGGUAUCAAUUUCUAUCUAUAGGUUCUCCAACUCUAGUCGAUGUUAAUCUAAACGUAAGAAGUAUGGGUCCAGUCUCCGAAAGAGAUAUGGCAUAUCAAAUGGAUUGCUACUUUCGUCAAAGUUGGGUUGAUAAGAGACUGCAGUUCGAUUCUGGUGAAAUAGAAACGCUUCGUGUCAGUAUUACAUUUUUAGAGAAGAUUUGGAAACCGGAUACACAUUUUUUAAAUGGAAAACAAUCCUAUUUACACACAGUGACCUCUCCGAAUAAAUUAUUAAGGGUCAAUAAGGAUGGUAGAAUUCUGUAUUCUAUGAGGUUAACUAUCAAGGCUACGUGCCCUAUGCAUCUGGAGAAUUUUCCCAUGGAUACGCAAAAUUGCCCUCUACGGUUGGCCAGUCACGGUUAUGAUACUUCCGAUGUCUUGUACGUUUGGACCUACGGUGCGGGCAGUUCGAUCAAGAUGGCUUCCGAUAUGACUUUAUCCCAGUUUGAUCUUAUCGACUUUCCACAAGGAAAUCGAACAAUUUCACACGCAAGAGGCCAAUUUUCAUUACUCCACGUAACUUUUACGCUAAAACGACACAUGGGCUAUUUUCUAAUCAACGUUUAUGUUCCGUGUUCCCUUCUUGUUAUAUUAUCCUGGGUUGCCUUUUGGAUAAACAGAGAAGCAACAGCCGACAGGAUGACGUUAGGUAUAACUACGGUUUUAACCAUGGUUUUUGUUGGAGUCGAUAACCGGGAUGAUCUCCCAAAGGUUUCAUAUUCAACUGCUUUAGACUAUUUCGUUAAUAUGUGCUUCGCCUUCGUAUUAGCGGCUAUUAUACAAUUCGCAAGCGUCCAUUUUUUUACAAAGCAUGGAAGUGGUGAAGUUUUCUUCGAGUCAGAUAUGGAAGAUGACUAUCUAGCCGAAAAUGAUGAUGAAGAUUCAACUGAUAUUAGAUUUUCAAUGGAAGAAAAGGAUAAUAGUAACAAUAGAGGCUAUUUCCUUAGACCGAAAGCAAAGCAAUAUUCAGCGCAAUUUAAUGGCUCUUGUGUUAACCAAUCACAAGUGAGGAAGAGAAAAGAAAAUUGCUGCUAUAAAUUUUAUAAUUGUCUAACUGCAAGUUCAUCUUAUCGCCAUAUGAGAGUUCGAAGUUCAGAUGGUAUAAAUUCCGUAAGCAUGAUCGAUAAAGUGUCAAGAAUUCUCUUCCCCACGGCUUUUAUAAUACUCAAUAUAUUCUAUUGGAAUCUCUAUCUAGGAGCUAGUAGCGAUGGAAUAGGGGCGUUGAUGUAGCGGAAAGAAAAAAGAAACUCUUCAAAGAGAUAAUAACAAUUCGUCGACCCUGUAGAAAGGAUCUAACAUGAUCUUUCUUCACAACUUAGUAGUAAAUUUAGGAAAAUAGAAGAGGAGAUAGGGAAGGGAAAGGACGGGGAAAAGGAAUGGAAAAAGAAAAAUCCUCCACAAGUUGCUAGCAAUAAAGUCUGAAGAAGAGCGUUACAGGUCCAGCAGGUGUCGCUUUUUACGUUCUCUGGAAAAAAAUAGAAAUUAAGAGAAUCGAAUAAUUUUCUAUCCGAUGCUCUAAAUAAAUAAGCCUAAGAAAUAAAUCAAAUUCAAUUCUGCUACUAGCUAAUGGUUAUCUUAUUUGAUAUAUGAGAUACUACAUGCACAGUCUUAUUUACAAAGGCUA